AUGCGAGCCUUAGGGUCGGAGAAUGAUUCCAUUCUUGAAUACAAACAUUUAAACAGUGGAAGAUCCACAUUUGCAUUUGAUCUAACCGCAUUGCAAAAGAAAGACUCUCCACCUGUGGAGAAAUCUUGCAACUUAGGCUUUUGUUCUAAAUCCGAUGAGAUUAUGCAGAUAGAAAUUUUAAAGCAAAAAACCAAUAAAACCUAUUUGUCCUGCUUAUGGGACCACGAAGACACUCCACGUGCUAGUGGUGGCUGCCCACCAACUCCACGUGCUAGUGGUGGCUGCCCACCAACUCCACGUGCUAGUGGUGGCUGCCCACCAACUCCACGUGCUAGUGGUGGCUGCCCACCAACUCCACGUGCUAGUGGUGGCUGCCCACCAACUCCACGUGCUAGUGGUGGCUGCCCACCAACUCCACGUGCUAGUGGUGGCUGCCCACCAACUCCACGUGCUAGUGGUGGCUGCCCACCAACUCCACGUGCUAGUGGUGGCUGCCCACCAACUCCACGUGCUAGUGGUGGCUGCCCACCAACUCCACGUGCUAGUGGUGGCUGCCCACCAACUCCACGUGCUAGUGGUGGCUGUCCACCAACUCCACGUGCUAGUGGUGGCUGCCCACCAACUCCACGUGCUAGUGGUGGCUGCCCACCAACUCCACGUGCUAGUGGUGGCUGCCCACCAACUCCACGUGCUAGUGGUGGCUGCCCACCAACUCCACGUGCUAGUGGUGGCUGCCCACCAACUCCACGUGCUAGUGGUGACUGCCCACCAACUCCACGUGCUUGUGGUGGCUGCCCACCAACUCCACGUGCUAGUGGUGGCUUUCCACCAACUCCACGUGCUAGUGGUGGCUGUCCACCAACUCCACGUGCUAGUGGUGGCUGCCCACCAACUCCACGUGCUAGUGGUGGCUGCCCACCAACUCCACGUGCUAGUGGUGGCUGCCCACCAACUCCACGUGCUAGUGGUGGCUGCCCACCAACUCCACGUGCUAGUGGUGGCUGCCCACCAACUCCACGUGCUAGUGGUGGCUGCCCACCAACUCCACGUGCUAGUGGUGGCUGCCCACCAACUACACUUGCUAGUACACCACUGAACCACAUCCGCUGCACCUGUCAGUUGAGUUACACCUUGUCUUGUUCUGUGGAACACUGUGUACCAAGUGUUAAUUAA